AUGUCGGCCAGGUCUUUCGGUACACUGAUCGACUCGGAGCCUUCCACACCAGCAUACUCACCACGCCAGGGCUCAAACUGGGACGACUCCACCUUGGUGCUGUUGCCGCAUGUCAAGUCGGGCGAGGCAACUCCCCGUGAGCCUACAUGGGACAUGCUCGUGCCCCUGCAGAAGCCACCAAAGAAGCGGUUCUCGAGGCACAAGUCGAAAACAUUGAUCAGUAAAGACAUGCCUGCGCACGCAUCAUUGUCAUCGCACCCAGUGGUGUCGAUACAAGAAGAACAACCGCAGAAGGAGAACCACCCACCGGCCGAAGAAGAGCGAGAAAAGAAGGACGAGGAAGAACAGCCUGCGCAGAGCGAUCCCCUGGGGAAGUUAACCUCGCGUAUGAAGUCUCUACUGAAGCGGAAGAACCCUGGCGAGAAGAAGGAGAAGAGAAAGAGGAACUACUAUGAGCUGGAUCGAGUCGAGACUGUCCACUGGACAGAGUUAUGA